AUGAAGAGUCGAGGAAAGAAAGGUAAAAGAGGAAAACUAUCAGAACAUUUUUCAUCAAAAUCUCAUAAAGCUUCAUUAUUAGACUAUUGCAAUUAUUGUAAUAGUGCUCAACAUAUUAAUCUCCUCUUGGACAAGAAACAAAGACAAAUUGUUAUUAGUGAAAAAGAAGAAAUGGAGUCUAAUAAGUGUGUUAUAAAAGUUCUUAUUGAUUUGGCUCGAACAUUGGGUAGGCAAGGAAUCGCGUUUCGUGGAGAUGAUCGGGAUGAAAAUGGAAAUUUUAGACAGUUGGUAUAUUUUAUGUCGAGACAUAAUUUGGUACUUAAACGAUGGUUGAGCAACAUAAAACUUAGAAAAUAUCAUGUGACAUAUAUGAGUGCUAAAUCCCAAAACGACUUCAUUCAUUUGCUUGGACAAGAUGUUCAAAGCAAAAUUGUUUCCGAAGUUAACCAAGCAUCGAUGUUUUCAAUUAUGGCAGAUACAACUCCUGAUGUGUCACACAGUGAUAAGUUAGCAAUUGCUGUAAGGUAUGGGGAUAAUAACUGUAAUAUUAAAGAAAGAAUUGUGCAGAUAUGCGAGGUAGCUGACAAAACGGGUGAUGGAAUUGCAGAUUUAAUAAUAUCGAUAAUCAAUAACCUUCAACUUGAUGUCAAUAGUGUUGUGUUUCAAGGAUAUGAUUACGCCAGCUCUAUGUCCAGCAACAUUAAAGGAGUUCAUGCAAAAAUUUCAGAAAAAUUAAAACGAGUUGUACCUUAUAUUCCAUGUCAAGCUCAUCGAACUAAUACUUUUGUUGAACAUGCGGUUAAAAGAAAUAAAAUGGCUUCAAAUGUCUUUGAAGUUCUUGAAAUGUGCUACGUAUUUAUUUCUUCAAGUACUAAACGAUUCAGCUUACUUAAUUCUAAACUUAAGUUUAUUGAAAAUUCCUUGAAACUUCGCAAUCUUUCAAAAACUAGAUGGUCAGCGCGUUCAGAAUCCAUUCAAGCAUUUUGGAUAAGUAUGGAAUCUAUUGUUGAAUGUUUUUAUGAAAUAAGUCAGUCCGAUUUAUUUGAUAAGAAAACAAAGGAUCAAGCUUUAGCAAUACUUAAAAAAAUCGUGAAUCCAGACUUUAUCAUUAUGCUUAUGCUUAUCAAAGGAGUCAUUGCAAAAACAAAGAUUCUUACUGAUGAGUUGCAGAAAGUUGAGUUGAACAUUUUAGAUGCUAAAAUGAUUGUAUUGUCUACAAUACAAUCUCUUGAACGAAAUAGAAAAGAAGAAUUUGAAGUACAUUGUGAAAUUGAUGCAGCAAUUAAAAUAUGUAGCAAGUAUGAAAUCGAUGCGUUAAAAAUAUACGAAGAUCGUCAUAGACGAAGAGUAACUCCAAAACGCUAUGAUGACAAUCCUGAUACGCUAUGUUCUAGAAAUAUCUAUCAAUACUACACCCAACAACUUAAUUGCGUGUUAGACUGUCUUAUUUACGAAAUGAAUGAAAAUUUACUGGCUUCAUGGUUGAGCAUUGAACCAUUUUCUCUUCUUCAGCAGUCAACAAAAACCUUUACAAUAAAAGAUGUCGAAAAACUGUGCCUAUUAAUGCCAAAUAAUGGAGUAAAUACAGAUGCUCAUUUAUUUCAUGCAGAGUUAGAAAUUUUUAUGAACACAUUUACUAAAUCUGAUGCUCCAACAAACAAUGAAAAAUUAAAACUGUCGUGGCAAAGACAAAACAUAUUCCCAGGAGUUUUCAAAGCUUUCAAGCUAAUGGCUUCAGCACCAGUGUCUGUUGCAAGCGAUGAAAGAACAUUUAGCAAAUUAAAAAUUGUUAAAAAUAUUUUGCGUUCUACUAUGUCAGAUGCAAGAUUGGCGUCAUUAAUUUUGUUGGCGUCAGAAAAAGAUUUAGUGGACAAUAUAGACCUUGACGUGUUGGUAAAAAAAUGGUCUAUAACAACACAAAGACGUAUUCAAAUUGAAUAA